CUCUCGGGAUGCGGCGGACAGUUCGGGAGAACGCACAGCACGUGUAUCGCGCGCUCUCGUGAUAGCAUUCGAACGAUUCGAUCUGAUGCAUCUUCGUAGGCUGCUCUGUCGUGCACUGAGCUGACGGCGACGGCGCGUCGAAAGGUGUAGGACAUGAUGAAGCUGACAGACCGUCCGUCGGCCAUGCAAAUUCGGUAUGCCGUAUCCAAGGGCAUGCUUUGCAUCAACCCCGCCCUGCCCAACAAGAAGCUGCUCUGCCUGCGGCCCAGCAUGCAGCAGUUCCCCUGCACAAGCUCAGAGUACCUCGAAGUCGUCGAAGUCUCCGCAUGUCAUGCCCUCGUCGAGGAGUCCAGUGCUGUUAACGUGCUGGCAGCGUGGUCGAAGCUGCCUCUGCCGUACGAGGACCUGUCCAAUGCUGGCUUUCAUCUCACGCUGGACCCCUUCUUUCGGUUGCUGCUUCUAGCCGUGUACCGAAAUGCAGUCGCUGGCCUUCGGUACAAGACUCGCAUAGUGCUGCCCGUGGAUCCUGCCUGCAACAUGCUUGGAGUGGUUGACACUACAAACAAGCUCCGGUAUGGCGAGGUGUUUGUACAGUGUACCGAGAUACGCAGCCCACAUGUGCAGUACCAUGAACCACCUAAGCAGACUGUCAUCACGGGCACUGUCCUUGUCACCAAGUGCCCAUGCCUGCACCCGGGCGACGUGCAAAAGUUCACCGCCAUCGACCUGCCAGAGCUGCACCACGUCAUUGACUGCAUCGUGUUUCCGGCACACGGACCCAGGCCACACCCCGAAGAAAUGGCUGGCUCCGACUUGGACGGGGACGAGUAUAUCGUCAUUUGGGAGAAGUGUCUGUUUUUUGUGGGACCAAACAGACCUCCCAUGAACUUUUCGGACAGGAACCUUGAGCCGGACAACAAAGAAAUCACGACUGAUGACAUGAUCAAGUUUUUCUGCAAUUACAUCAAGAACGACUCCAUCGGGAUCCUGUCGAACGCCCACGUGGCAUGGGCUGACCAGGAGCCGGGGGGAAUUCACUCGCCAAGGUGUCUUGCCAUCGCAGAGGAGAUCAGCAUCUGCCUCGACUUUGCCAAGAAUGGUCAGACAGCCUUCUUGUGGCGUGACGAAUGCCCCCUGAAAUUCUUCAUGGAGAAAGGCAGCCACAAAACUACAUACUGGUCGGACCGGGCGCUCGGGGUCCUGUACCGAAUGUGCCGUUCUCUGGAAGCUGCCGUCGGCAGGCUCGGCCAUCGGCAUGUAGAUCCAGGCCGGUGCCGUGCACUCGCCGUGCCAGGGUGGGAAAACUACAGAGAGUUAGCGAUUCAAGCCCUCGCAGAUUGCAAUUCAAAAAUUCGCCGAAUUCUGAGCCAGUAUGGAAUUGGGUCGGAGUGUGAGGUGACGAAGUUUUUCACUGAGACAACACGCAACAUCUUCUAUACUGAUGUCCUAAAAGAAAUGCAUGACAACUGCAUCAGCGAUUCUGAGAAGCUGCGCAAACGGAAGCUUCGCAGAGCCUCUGCCUGGUACAUGGUGACGUACGAGCCCAAUGUGGAGAACACAUUCUUCAGUUUUCCUUGGUGCAUUGCCGAUGUCCUGGUAGAAAUUUUGCGCAGCUCAGAUGCGCAGGCCAGGGUGUGGUGCCCGACCAUCCUGCACUGGAAAAUUGACCAGCUCGUCACGAACAACAGUGACUUUACAGAAGAUGACGAUCUGGAUGCAGGGUUCGAUUCAUUCAGGACUUCCUUCAGAAUCGUUGAGAACUGGCUUAAAGGUGAAACACUUCUCGGUCAGCAUGAACCAGGCGCUUCAACCAAGCCUGGGCUGUGUUCCAACUGCCUGCUAGACAUCUACACCGAGUUUCUGGGAAACAAAAAUCUUGCACCAGUGAGCAAGAUUGUAAUGAGGAGGCGGCAUGCAAUGAGGCUGUCAGUGGCAGGGGUACCGAAUUUGACUGAAUCGACGGCUCAAGAGGCAAUGGAAGAAGAAUGUGCGGAUCGAGAGGAACCCACCGAAAAGGCUGUUUCUCAAGCCUGGCAAAUAGUGGACGGUUUCUUGGAGCCUCUUUUGUUAGACGAUUCUGAAGAUGAGACAAAUGCGCCCAGGACGGCAUACCAGAAUGGACACGAUGAUCAGCAAGACCCAGAGGUCUCUCGUUCUCUGGUGUUUCCUCUGCAACAGGCUUCGGACACGAGCAACUCUGAGCCGGACAUUUGCGAGGACCCCAGCGUCGGAACUCUGGUCGUCUCCUUCCUCCGGUGGUUUCUUGAGCAGCACCAGCUGCCCCGAGAAAUGUGCAGUGUUGGUGCGUGUGCGGGCAGUGGCUACGAGUGCCAGACCCACAGGUUACCGAUGGUGGCGUUGCGGGCCUACAGUUCGUUGGCGGUGUCGCUGGACUCGUGCCACGUCUCUCUGCCCUGUGACCCUGCGUAUCACGAGCCGCACCAAGAGGUUAUUGAGAGAGACCCCAUCCGGAUCCAGAUAGCCAAUCCGGUGAUGGAUCAGAUGCUGAAGGACAAGCUCCAUGCGGCCAUGACAUCUUACCCAAGCUGGAUCUGCAUUCCUCCUUGCACCAGCCGUCACAGCAAGUCGCGAAACGAAGAUCGCCUGACGCUGGCAGAACCCAUGCCCCGCAUAGCCCUGGGCAACGCGACCGCCGCUGGACGACCCGCUGUCGCCUCCAUGGAACCCAGCUUGGAGGUCGCCCGUAACACACGUGCCCGUAGAAGCGGCGGGUGCAAAUAGUGGGACCUGUGUGCAAGCGACACAACCCUGCGACGCCUUUUGUUGAGUGGCUCUCGUUAAUACCUACUCUAGAGUCACUCCAACCACGCAGAUCGUUAGUUGUCAGGCAGAAGCAUUGUGACCAGCCUGCCGAGGGCGAUGACGAAAGACGAAUUAUUUGUGCUGUUUGGUUUCUAUGGCGGGCAGCUUCUGCCAUAAUAAUCGGAAUUUAGUUGUCCUGGUCAUCCAGAGAACGUUUUCAUGCAUAUAUAUGAUAUAGAAGAGAAUUAUGGACAAUAAAGAAUUUCUGUGUAGUUACUUGACCUGGAGGCUGACAUUUAUUUGUGCAUUCAUGCUAGGGCUGUUAUUUUAGUAGGAAUUUCUUUAAGGGCGAUUCUCUACUCUGAGGCAUUGUCAUGCAUCGCCACUUUUAACAGCAGCUGUAAAAUACUUUUAGACUCUAAAUCUCCAGAAUUCGAUCUUGGGUCCUCUCUACCAAUAGGGCCAUGCCGUAUUGAGAUUGUAGCGAACCUGUUUCUUUAACCCCAUAAUGCCCAUGUCCUGCAUGAAAGAUAACGUAAAAAACUUGCUAACAUUUGUUUGGGGCUAUAGAGAGGGCGUUUCUGAAUAAAACAAACAAUGAAAUGUGUUUUUAGGUAAAACUUUAUUAUUAUGCUAAUAAUUAAAUAAUAAUCGGUUUUUUGAACUUUGCACAACACAGAACUUGCUCCAGAGUAUCAAACACUACAAGCUAUGUGUCACGUUUCCCGUACCUAAAUCAACAUUUUGAGGUAUCCAGUUCUGCGUAGCAUAAAAGAUACAUUGGGCAUUUAGACGGCUAAACAUAUGGGAGUGAAGUGCUUCCGAUGCAUAUAAACAAACCUCGUAUUUAACAUCAUUGCCGUCCUGCUGAUGAUGCGACUAGUUGAAGGCUACCAAACUGCAGUCGUCCACCCAUGUUAGGGGCAUUUCGAUAGUAUUUGCAGGACAGGAAAGUGUGUCCGCCACGCUGUCUCCACAAUGAACAGUGUCCCCUUUACGGAAUUUGAGGACCGCGGUGAAAGAGGCGCAUCGGGAAGCUAAACGUGCCGAAAAGCAUAAAACGUAUCUGCUGCCACCACAGCAGUUCACCGCUGUUGCCAGGCAAAGAGAGAGGCAAGUCCGCGUGAUAACGAGGGCUGGCAAUUCCAUCAUCAAGAACAUUCCCAACAAGGGUUUUCUUCACAAACCUAUAUCUGUCACUGUGCAGCCAGCAACACGCACAAUAAUAAAUGUUAAAGCGAAGAGCUUUCUUUGGCUACCCGGGCAGUUUUAUGGAUGGUCGUCGAGUAUCUUGCCUGGCAAAUGAGUUUUAGCGUGUCCGGUAUUCCGGCAAACGCAGGCGGACUGCGCGUUUUGCCAGAUGAAAGGAGGCAUAAAUGAGCGCGACCGGAGUGGUGCAGCCACAUGGUGGUGCAGAGCUCAACCAGGCAAACCCAAAGCUAAUACCGUAGUAAUCAGGUGCAUUCUAUUUCACUACUGGUUUAAAUUUCCGUAGGUGUGUAAUCGUGUCACACAUAUCCACUCCCGAGAAUUUGCACCAGCAGAGAAGUAGAAUACAGUCGGUCAUUGAAAUAUUGGCCCUGUUAACACACACGACACCACUGCGCUCGUGGUGUGUGUUUUUCUUUCAUGUUUCCUCGGUUUUUCGCACAGUUAUAAAAACGUCUAAAAGCUAUGCACCAACUAGCCCGCCAGAACGUCCUAGUUAUGUUAUGUCAAAUUAGUAUACAUGCGAACUAAACUAGCCUUGCUGCUGAGUUAGUUGGUUCAUGGAAUAUCGUAAAAUUAAAAGGAGCAAGAACACCAACACGGACAAGACUGAACAACACAAGCGCUCACUAAACACUCGCACCUCAGGA